UAUGGACGAUUUUUUGGUUUUUGGAAAAACUAUUGCUGAUCCGUGGAAUAGAGUGUGUUCGUUGGAUAAACCAAUAAUUCUUUUUGUUGAAUUUUGCCAGAUUAUUGGGCCAAGACCUUUAUUUUCUUAUCCAGAAGAUGCUUGUUUGAAUCAUUUACUCGAAGAACUUUCCCUUUGGUUAAUGAGUUCUGAUAAUUUUCAUGGGAAUUUUACUUCAGCCUACAAUCAACAACUUGGUGUUUAUGUUUUAACUCAAUAUGCUACAAUGUUGGAUAUAACUGCUAGAGCAUUACAGAGACCAUUUGCUCUAUCACUUGUAUUGCCUCAGCAAAAACCAACACCCGAACAAAUUUUAAUUUUUCGACAAAUUUCAAUGGAAAUUCUUUUACCUUUACUUUCCUGUAAUCGUUAUUAUAUUCAUUCAAUGCUUACUUUUGCUUCUAAAUUGGCUGAUAAUUGUGAAAAAACAAAUUUCCAAUCUUAUUAUUCUACAUCAGGAAAUGUUCAACAAAUUGUUGUUUUAUCUAGUAAAAUUAAAGAAAUUAUGUUACAGUCAAAAUCUUGGUAUGAUCGUUUCCUUGUAAAAAUGACAGGAUUUGAAGAAAUAACAAAUACAAAUUGUACAUGUGAAUGUAAAGAAGAGGAUUUUCGUAAAUUUAUUAGAAUACUUUGUUGGAAACAAAUGGCACAAUUAGUUGAUUUAAUGGAACUUGCACCUUGUGCAGGGAAAAAUUAUUUUAAUAUUUUGAAGAAUGCUUAUAAUCAAUUUAUUAAACAACAAAAAUCUACAGUUGAAGGAUUAAUGUUUUCUGGAAAUAUGCCUGUUUUGAGAAGCGUUUUUGGUGCAAAUUCACAAAAAGAAUUUCAAGAACAAGAAAAAUUGGAAGAGGAAGAAAAUAAUAACAAUAAUAAUAAUUUUAUUAUUUCUUCCUAUUCUUUACAAAAAGACGAAAAUACACUAAAAUCGUUAUCUUUUAGAUUACUUAGGUGUGUUUAUCCAUUAUUGACAGGGGAGAAGAUUGUAAUUCUAGCUUCCCAACAGCGUACACCUACGGGUAUGGAUUUGUUAGAGAAGCUUAAUAAAUUACGUGUUGUGAAGAGAACUGAGAAUGUUCAAUGGACUUCAGAAAUUGAAAGAUUAGAGCAAGUAAUAACAGAACAUCAAUUAUCUGGAGUAUCUUGUGAUAAAGAAUUGUCUUUAAAUUUAAGUGAUAAAAAUGCUAAACAUGAAAUGAUUAUUAUAGAUUUAAAUAAUCAUCGGAUUAAAUGUCGAGAAUAUAGAGGAUUUUUAUUGAGACAAUUAGCAGGUAAUUUUGAGAGAUUUUAUUUGAGAGGAGGUGGUAGAGGAUACUUGAAUACCGACAUCUGCGGAGAACUUGGGGGAAUUUUAGGAAAUUUAAUUAAUUUCUGA